CAGAUUUUCUGGCCCACCUCUGCUCGAUGCCGUACUUUUCCAAUAAAUUCCCAAAUUUUUCAUUUUCGUCUCUGCGUUUCAGAUUAACGAGACUAGAAAAUGAACCAAGAAAUAGUUUUCCCAACCCACCUCUGCUUAGUUACUCUACUCUUCCAGUAAAUCUUCAUUCCACUUUUUUUUCUGCUUCAGAGUAACAAAGCGGAGAAAAUGAAGCCAGAAAUUAAAGGGAAAAUAGAGGAAACGGUGCUCGACGUAUUGAGGAACGCUGAUUUAGAAGAGAUGACCGAGUUCAAGGUUCGAGAAGCAGCGUCGGAACGACUGGGAAUCGAUCUCUCUGGAAAGGAGUGUAGGAGUUUCGUGAGAAACCUAGUAGAAUACUUUCUUCUUUCGACCGCGGAUGAGGCCCAGCAGAGCCAGAGUGUGAGAGAAGAGACUAAGGAAGUGGUGAGAGAGCAGCAGGAGGUCAGGGUCGUCAACAAGGAGGUGUAUGACGACGGCGACCGCCAUAUUUGCGAGCUGUCGAAAAAGAGAAGUGUGACGGUUCAAGAUUUCAGGGGGAAAACUAUGGUGUCAAUUAGAGAAUUUUAUCUUAAAGAUGGAAAGCGAGUCCAUACAGCCAAAGGAAUUAGCUUGCCAGCUGAACAAUGGUCAAACUUCAAAAAGAGUGUCCCUGCAAUAGAGGAGGCCAUUAGAAAGAUGGAGUCAAGGUCAAGGUCCAAACUUGAUGAUAAAAAAAGCGAAGACACUUCUUAUCCGGUAACAAGUCUUCCUCCUUGUGAAACUUUUCCUGCUGAGAUUGUUCGUUUAGAUGGAAAGAAUUACCAAUGCUGGGCACAAAAUAUAGAACUUAUGUUAAAGCAGUUAAACAUUGCAUAUGUACUUUUUGAGCCAUGCCCAAGCAUUAUGCUUGGCCGUGAAGCAAGUACUGAAGAAAUUACUCGAGCAAAAGCUGCUGAACAGAAAUGGAUGAAUGAUGAUCGUAUGUGUCGUCACAAUAUUUUGAGCUCUCUAUCUGAUUACCUAUUGAAUUUAUACUCAAAAAAGCCUACAACAGCCAAAGAACUAUGGGAAGAGUUAAAAUUACUACAUCUUUAUGAAGAAUUCGGAACGAAGAGAUCUCAGGUUAAAAAGUACAUUGAAUUUCAGAUGGUGGAGGAAAAACCAAUUUUGGAGCAAGUUCAAGAACUGAAUUGCAUUGCUGAUAAAAUUGCUGCUGCAGGAAUGUUAAUCGAGGAAAAUUUCCAUGUUAGUGUUAUUAUCUCCAAGCUUCCCCUAUCAUGGAAGGACAUCAGCAUCAAGUUGAUGUUUGAGGAGCAUCUACCUUUUUGGAUGUUGAUGCGCCGUUUGAAGGUUGAAGAAGAAUUGCGCAUGCAGGACAAGCAAGGUAUGCCUAAUCCAGUGAGCAAUAAUCUAGCUGGGAAAGCUGUACCAAGGAUGAGAGAUGCAAGGCCGCAAGUUUGCUAUACUUGUGGUAAAAAGGGGCACUCUUAUCGGCAAUGUUAUAGUAAGAAAGUUGACAAGGAAAUUAAUGGAAAGAGGGACAAGGACAAUGGUUCAACACCUGCAAUUACAGAGGUCAACAUGGUUGAUGGAGCUAUAAAUGGCUAAUUUUCAUGUUGAUACAUUAUAUUCUCAACUGCUGCAGUACUGCAGUGUCAUUUCUUCCAAGUUGACCAAUACAAGUGGGUUUAUAAGGUACUGUUUUUUUGGUUAAAGUGUAUAAGGUACUGUUGGAAGGAAGGAGAUCAAGCUUAUGCUAUUUUAUGGACUGCUUCAAGGUCGAACCUUGCUGCUUGGUUUUGAAAUGGAUCUGUAAUUUAUUUCCAGAUUUUGUAAAUGUAAAUCAUUCUCUCGGAUAAGAAUCAACAUAAUGGAAAGAAAAAAUUGACAAUAACUCAAAAUUUUAA